CCUACCUACAUACAUACCUAGGUACCCAAGAUAUUGCCAUAACAUUUAUCGGAAUCGCGAUCGUUGAAUUUCAUUGAUUGUUCUCAGAGCCUAGUUUCGGCCGAAGUGAAGCUAAAUCUGGCAUGAGAAUGGGGACAUAUGUGGUACCGUGGCGUACCAUCGGCGUACUGCACAGCUUUGUCAGCCCUGUCCAGAUCUCACCCCGAGAACCUAUUGACUCCCACCCUUGGCAAAUGACUGCGGACGGUUGCUCGCCACAGUUUCGGAGUACGUCUGAAAUGGUCUCCGGACGGGUCUCCGAUCGAAAAUGAAUAAGACAGCAACCAGUCUAGACAAUGGCUCCACCACAGCCGAUUGCGAUGAUUAUCCAAUAUCCUUACCUAGAGCUCGGAGAUGGGCGCCUGGGAUGUGUAAGGAUUUUGGGUUGGAUUCCCUAGCGCACCUGAGAUGCAUGGUGUGGGCGAUCGCAUAUCUCGGGCUGAGUCGUGUAUUACGUUCGCCUAGGUUAAUUUAUCGCGCCAGGUACUCUGAUUCGAUGCCUUUUAAGUAGUUGACCCGAGUAUAGAAACAUUUGAACGAUUGAAACGACAUCGUAAUUCCCCAGUGUUGCUGCUUCUUUACUGGACCACAUUUUAUAUUUCUGAGAUACCCCCUUUCUGUACCUAAUACCAUACCUACCUACCUACCUAUACUCACCAUGUCGUCGCCUCAUGAUCCCAUCGCCAUCAUUGGCACGGGGUGUAGAUUCCCUGGCCAGUGCAAUAACCCAUCUAAGCUAUGGGAUCUCUUGCGGAAGCCUAAGGACCUGCUUAAAGUGAUUCCAGAUAACCGAUUCAGUACAGAAGCUUUCUACCAUCCUCAGAACUUCCAUCAUGGCACGGCCAAUGUGCGGCAUUCCUAUCUCCUGGAAGAGGACCUGCGCAACUUUGACGCACAGUUCUUUGGCAUUAACUCUGUUGAAGCCCACUCUGUUGACCCGCAGCAGCGGUUGCUUCUCGAAACAGUAUACGAAAGUCUUGAAUCCGCCGGCCUCUCAGUGAAAGAGCUGCAAGGCUCUGACACGGCAGUCUACGUAGGUGUCAUGAGUGCCGAUUUUACUGAUAUGAUUGGACGCGACACCGAGACUUUCCCGACAUAUUUUGCUACGGGAACAGCAAGGAGUAUCCUUAGCAAUAGGCUGUCUUACUUCUUUGACUGGCAUGGCCCGUCCAUGACCAUUGAUACAGCUUGUUCUUCAUCUCUUAUCGGCGCAAUGCACCAGGCCGUGCAGACUCUCCGUGGAGGAGAGUCAUCCGUUGCAGUUGUAGCCGGAUCCAACCUGAUCUUGGGCCCGGAGCAAUACAUCGCCGAGAGCAAACUACAGAUGCUUUCGCCUACAGGCCGAAGUCGUAUGUGGGAUGCCGAUGCGGACGGCUAUGCUCGAGGUGAAGGCGUUGCAGCCAUCGUUCUCAAGAAGCUUAGCCAGGCUAUCGCAGACGGCGAUCACAUCGAGUGUGUUGUUCGCGAGACUGGUCUGAACCAAGACGGCAGAACUCCUGGUAUCACUAUGCCAAGUUCUUCCGCCCAAGCGGCGUUAAUCCGCGCAACAUAUGCCAAGGCUGGGUUGGACGUCAGCAAACGCGCCGAUCGUCCUCAGUUCUUUGAGGCACAUGGCACAGGUACCCCUGCUGGUGAUCCUGUGGAAGCGAAGGCCAUCACCGACGCCUUUUUCGGCCCGGAAUCCCAUUUUAAACCCAAAAAUUCUGACGAUACCUUGUUCGUCGGAUCUAUCAAGACUGUUAUCGGCCACACAGAAGGGACAGCAGGUCUGGCGGCCGUAAUAAAGGCAUCAUUGGCACUCCAAGCGGGUGUCGUCCCUCCAAACAUGUUACUAAACAAGCUGAAUCCUAAAAUCGAGCCUUUUUACGGAAAUGUGCAAAUUCUAUCCGCGGCACAGCAAUGGCCCAAGGUUGCAGAGGGCGGCGUACGAAGAGCGAGCGUGAAUAGCUUUGGCUUCGGAGGCGCCAACUGCCAUGCCAUUCUCGAAAGCUACGAGCCCAGCCUGAGAUCCCAGCAUCAGCCAUUUAAGAGGACUGAAACAUGUUUUACGCCGUUCAUUUUCUCGUCAGCCUCCGAAAGUACGCUUUCGGCUGAGCUGGAGAAGUACCGAGAAUAUCUUUCCGGAAGCGCGACUGUCAGGCUCGAAGAUUUAUCCUGGACACUUAGCAAUCGCCGGUCUACGUUACCUUGGCGGGCAGUUGUACCGGCUACUAGUAAUGUGGAGGACCUUAUUCAAAAGCUCGAGGAUUGCGUCGAAUUCACGAAUGAGUCCUCAUCAGCCAAGACAAGAGGCUCGAAACCUCGUAUUCUCGGCAUCUUUACCGGUCAGGGGGCUCAGUGGCCACGGAUGGGAGCUGAGUUGAUCGAGAAAUCACCUGCAGCAGGCAAAAUCCUUGCCCGUCUGGACAAGAGUCUCCAGUCACUCCCCAUUCGGGAUCGGCCGACAUGGUCGCUACGGGAGCAACUCCUCGCCAGUGCCGACUCGUCAUCGGUAGGCAUAGCUUCCAUAUCUCAGCCUGUCUGCACAGCUGUGCAGGUCAUGCUCGUCGACAUGCUGAGAGCGGCUGGCAUCGAGUUCUCGGGAGUAGUAGGGCACUCAUCUGGUGAGAUUGGCGCUGCGUAUGUGGCCGGCUAUAUUUCCGCUGAGGAUGCCAUCCGCAUAGCAUAUUAUCGCGGUCUCCACAUGAAGGCCAUCACUCAGAAAGGAGCUAUGCUUGCUGUUGGAACUUCAUAUGAAGACGCCAAAGAGCUGUGUGACCUUCCAGCGUUUGAGGGCCGCGUAUGCGUCGCGGCGAGUAAUUCUCCAGCCAGUGUGACGUUGUCUGGCGAUGCUGAUGCGAUUGACGAAAUCAAGACAGUACUAGACGAGGAGAAGAAGUUCACUCGGCACCUCAAGGUAGACCGAGCCUAUCACUCACAUCAUAUGACGGCCUGUUCGAGGGCCUACGUAGCGUCUUUGCAGCAUUGCGGCAUACGACAGCUACCUCAGACAGCUGCUAGAAAUUGCCGAUGGAUAUCUAGCGUUUUCACUCGUGAUAUCACGGAUAUUGCUGCAACAGACAGUCUUGAGGGCGAGUAUUGGGCCAGCAAUCUAACCAUGCCAGUCAUGUUUACCGAGGCGUUACAAAUGCUUCUUGGCGAAGAUCAAGACGGAGAGGUCUACGACCUGGCCAUUGAAGUUGGGCCGCAUCCAGCGCUUAAGGGGCCAGCGCUACAGACGAUCAAUGAAUGCCUUGGCGGACAGUCCAUCCCAUACACAGGCGUGCUAUCACGUGGCAAGGACGAUAUAGAGUCAUUCUCACAAGGUCUUGGGUAUAUAUGGCGUACCUGGGGGCCAGGGGCUGUAGACUUCACUGCCUACGGUCGCUUUAUGAAUGACGAACAGGGAGAACCAAGGAAUAUUCCCUUAAAGGGUCUCCCGACUUACCCCUGGGAUCACAACAGAAAGUUCUGGCACGAGUCGCGCCUCUCCCGUGCAUUCAAAACUAACAAGGACCCUCCCAACGAGAUCCUUGGGCGUCAGAUUCUUGACGGUGCUCCUGAUCAACUUCGUUGGCGCAAUGUCCUCAAGCGUAACGAGCUUGCUUGGCUAGACGGCCACCAGGUUCAGCGACAGACCGUUUUCCCUUGCGCGGGAUACGUUUCCGCCUGUGUGGAAGCCUCUAUGAACAUUCGCAGGGAUGCUAAUGUCCAAUCCAUCGAGCUCCAGAAUUUCGUGGUAGGUCAGGCUAUUGCCUUUAACGAUGAUGACUCUGGUAUCGAGACUUUGGUCGUAUUAGACAGUAUCAAGGAACUCGAAGAAAAAGGCAGCAGCAUAGUAUCAGCGAAGUUCGCAUUAUAUUCAUCAUCGAAUAAUGAGGUUCUGGACAUGACAACCCACGCCAACUGUGAUGUCCGAGUCACGUAUGGCGACAGUAGCCCGGAUCUUCUCCCACCCAAGUCUCAAGAGAAUGACGAAUAUUCCAUGCUAGAUGUCGAGGAGGAUCGCUUUUACAAUGUUCUCGACCAGCUUGGACUUGGAUAUACUGGCCCUUUCCGAGCGCUCUCAGACCUGAAGCGCAAAUUGGGCAAGGCUACGGGGCACAUCCAAAAUCCGGAACGCAGCGAACUUUGGCGAAAUCCUCUCCUCGUUCACCCGGGAACGUUAGAUGCGGGCAUCCAGUCCAUUAUGCUGGCUUACUGCUACCCGGGUGACACCAUGAUGCGCUCCAUAUAUCUUCCCACCGGUAUCCGCCGACUCAUCAUCAACCCAGCGCACUGUCGAACCUUUGCCGGUAAGGAGACAAAGGUUCUAUUUGACUCAGCAGCAUCGGUAGACACUUCAACCGGCCUAUCAGGGGACGUGAGCAUUUAUUCGCCUGAGGGCUUCGCUUAUAAGGCAAUCCAACUUGAGGGACUCCAGACGCAGCCUCUCUUCAAUCCGACCGAGGCGAACGAUCUCAACAUUUUCACCGAACUGGUAUGGGACAUCGAUCGACCCGACUCCAAGGAAAUCGUCGGCAAAGUCGAUGUUCAGGAGCUCAAUGCGGACCUGCUAUUUUCUCUUGAGCGGACCGCUUACUUCUACCUGCGAACAUUGGAUGAGGCGAUUCCGCGCAGUCAGCGUACCAACCUUGAAUGGCACUUUGGUCGCCUUUUUGCUUAUGUGGAUCAUGUUCUCUCUAGAGUGAAGCGCGGGGAGAAUCGCUUCGCUAAGCAAGAGUGGCAGCGUGAUACCAAGGAUAUUAUACUCGAUAUCUUUGAGCGAUACCCUGAUAACAUUGACCUGAAGCUCAUGCGCGCUGUGGGUGAAAACAUAGCCGCCGUCGUCCGUGGGGAGAUUACCAUGCUGGAGCCUAUGCUCCAGGACAACAUGCUCAACGACUUCUAUGUCGUCGCACAUGGCAUGCCUCGCUACACUACAUACCUGGCCUCUUUAGCCAGCCAAAUCGGGCACAGGUACCCUCACAUGCACGUCCUCGAGAUUGGUGCUGGUACGGGCGGUGCCACCAAAUCGUUCCUUGGAGCACUUGGCGAUAUGUUCUCCACUUACACAUUCACCGACAUCUCUGGCGGCUUUUUCGAGAAGGCAAAGUCCGUGUUCGCAGCGCACAGUUCGAAGAUGAACUUCAAGGUGCUUGACAUCGAGAAGGAUAUCGAAGAUCAGGGGUUCACGGAGGGCUCCUACGAUGUCAUCAUCGCGUCCUUGGUCCUCCACGCUACGCGCGACUUGGGACAGACUCUUCGUAAUGUCCGCCGCCUCCUCAAGCCCGGUGGCUACCUGCUGCUUCUCGAGAUCACGGAGAAUGAUCAGAUGAGAUUUGGUCUGCUCUUUGGUGGUCUCCAAGGUUGGUGGCUCGGCUAUGACGAUGGGCGAGCCCUGUCCCCUUGCAUUGGCAUUGAGGAGUGGUCGACAUACCUGAAGCAGACCGGCUUCUCGGGGAUUGACUCGGCAAUGCCGCAUGAUGAUAAAUUACCAGUUCCUCUCUCCGUCAUCGUGUCUCAGGCAGUAGAUGAACGGGUUGAGCUCCUGAAGCAGCCUUUACAGCAGCGAGAAACUAAUACACCCGUAGUUCCACAGUUGACAAUAAUCGGCGGAGGGGCACUGGCCAAAGAUGUCGAUCAAAUUCUAGGCACGUUCUGUGGCAGCAUCAACUUUAUUGAGUCUCUGAACCACCUAAGGCCCGACGAUCUUCCUGUCGGAGGCGCCGUACUCUGUCUUAGCGAUAUAGAGGAGCCGGUCUUCAAGUCCAUGGACGCAGAAAAGCUGAGCGGAUUCCAAACAGUUUUCAAGCAAUCCAGCAGCGUUCUCUGGAUUACUCGGGGUGUUCGCGAUGGAGACCCAUUCUCCAGGAUGGUUAUCGGAUUCGGCAGGACUAUUGUACUAGAGAUGUUGCAUCUGCGUUUACAAUUUCUGGACCUCGACACUAAUGCACCUCCUGAUCCUACCGCUAUUGCCGAGUCCCUGUUACGCUUUCACAUGGCAGAAAGCUGGGAGAAUGAUGGCACGGAAAAUACACCAUUGCUGAACUCCGUCGAACCCGAGAUGUACCUCGAUAAAGAAGGUAGGUUUUUUAUUCCUCGGUUCAAGUUGAAUAAGAGUCAAAAUGAUCGGUACAACUCGGGUCGUCGCGAUAUCACCAAGCAGAUCGCCUUCCGGGAAACCCCCGUUGAGCUUGUCUCGCCCAAGACGCAUGACGGAUCAUGGCGCUUAGUAGAGAGCAAGGCGAUGUCUAAACUAAAGGAAGGUGUAGAUAUAGAUGUCUUGUAUUCUGUCAGUCGGGCAGUGGAGGUGUUGAGAGGCACCUUCUUAUUCCCGGUACUAGGAAUAAGGCGAGACACUGCACAGACCGUGCUGGCGCUCUCGCCGAAGCAAGCCUCAAUCGUCAGAGUUCCGCAGGCUUUCAUCCUCCCUUCGCAGAUAUCCACAGAUUAUCUUCAGCUGUUCUACACUGAGCUUCUUGCCCGUGCUUCCCUUCGAGACGUCUCGGCAGGUACAGUUGUCAUUGCAUUGUAUCCGACUAGCAUACUUGGCAACGCAGUGGAGCGCAUUACUACAGACAAAGGAGCAAGAGUCCUUCAUCUCGCGGCCGAGCCUGGCACGGAAUGGGACUACAUUCAUCACAAGGCUACAAGAACGGAGAUACAGAACUGGGUUACUUUAAAGAUCGGAAACACUCCUCCAUCCGCCGUGUUGAUUCUAGAUUUCGGUGCGGAGAAGUCCCUCUCCGCAGGCCUCCUGGAAUGCCUGCCUGCAGAGAUUACUCAGGUGAAACUCGGUACCCUGCUCGCAUCACCCAUGGCACAUAUUGCAUUGGGUCUUUCAGAACAGGAAAUCAGGUCCAUCCUCGUCGAUGUCAAAUACUCUCUAUUGGCAGCGCAGCAAGCACACGAUUCUAGCCAAGCGCGCCAGGACUUGGAACUUGUUACCCUACAGGAUUUGACUACCAAGAACAUUGGCAACGUUGCUUGCGUGGUCUCUUGGCCACGCGAGCCUAGCACAGUUCCUGUUCAAGUCGAGCCUAUAAACUCCAAGGUCAAGUUCAGUAACGACAAGACAUAUUGGCUUGUCGGUCUUUCCGGCGGCCUAGGCCUUUCUCUCUGCGAAUGGAUGGUUAAGCAGGGUGCCCGGUAUAUCGUUAUCACCAGCCGAAACCCCAAGGUUGAUAAACGGUGGAUGGACAAGAUGAAAGGUUUAGGGGUGAAGGUUGAAGUUAUAGCCAACAACAUCUGCGAUCGAGAGUCUGUCCGGUCCGUCUAUUGCCGAAUCUGCCAGGAGAUGCCUCCUAUCGCUGGAGUUGCCCAAGGAGCCAUGGUCUUGCACGACACGGCCUUCUCCGAGCUUGAUUUGGAACGCAUCAACAAAGUCACGCAGCCCAAGGUAAAUGGAAGUACUUAUCUCGAAGAGAUAUUCCAUAAUAUACCUCUCGAGUUCUUCGUAUUCUUUUCAUCUAUGGCUUGCGUGACUGGAAAUCCAGGCCAGUCGGCCUACGCCGCUGCUAACAUGUUCAUGUCGGGUCUAGCCACUCAACGCAGGCGUAGAGGCCUCAAUGCAUCUGUCGUGCAUAUCGGCGCCAUCUUUGGCAACGGCUAUGUGACCAGAGAGUUGACUCUAGCGCAGCAAGAGUUCUUGCGAAAGGUCGGAAACAUGUGGCUCUCCGAACAGGACUUCCGACAGCUCUUUGCCGAGGCAGUCUUUGCCGGCCGACCUGAAAGCGGCGGCUCUCCGGAGCUUUCCACCGGUAUGAUGACGAUAGACGACAGCGAUGAUUUCAAGAAGACAAUCACAUGGUAUAGUAAUCCGAUGUUCCAGCACUGCAUCAAGGAAAGCCGCGAGAGCGAACUAGGUAGCCAGAGCGCGAAGGGCCGAGGCGUCCCGGUUAAGACACAGCUCCUGGAAGCAAUUAACCCGGCUGAAGUAUACGAGAUAAUUCACGAUGCCUUCGCUGCCAAACUACGGUCGAGUUUGCAACUCGAAGAAAACCAGGCUGUAAUAGAUCAAACAGCAGACACUCUCGGUAUCGACUCCCUCUUCGCUGUCGAUAUCAGGUCAUGGUUCAUCAAAGAGCUUCAGCUCGAGAUCCCCGUCCUCAAGAUUCUGGGCGGGGCAACGGUAGGUGACAUUCUCGAGACUGCGCAACAGUUGUUACCUAAGGAGUUGACACCGAAGCUGGACCCCAACGACAAGAGCGCAGCGAGGAAGCUGAAGCCACAGGCUGUUAGCACACCAGCCAAGGAAAAGCCGGCGGAUAAGCCCAAGGAGAAGAUAGUCGAAAAGACCCCGGCAAAGAAACCUGCACCCGGCGAAAAGCCUAGCCCCAGCAGACAUAUUGCCACGAAGGUAGAAUCUCCCGCCAAGAAAGUAGAAGCCGUAACCAAAAAGGCUGGAGCCGUCACACCUCCCUCGGUGCAAUGGAAGGGACUUCCUGAUGAACCCAGAACACCCGCUAGCGACUCAGAUAAUAAGUCACUGUCUAGUGACGACGGGAUUAAAGUCAGUGCUUCCAGUCUCGAUACGAGCUUCACUCAAAAGUCCGUCCCCUCUUCGAGUACAGGAUCGGAGAUCGACGCGUAUGGGGCCCAAUCCCAUGGCUCGGUGUGGUCUCUGGACACGGUGAAUAGCGAUGUGGCUGUUAGCAAGAAAAUCCCCAUCGGAUUUAGCCAGUCGCGAAUCUGGUUCUUGGAGAUGUACCUGAAGGAUCCUGCUUCGGCGCUCAACAUCACCUUGACCAUUGACCUCGACGGCUCUCUAGACGUCCAUCGGUUUGAGAGAGCCGUGAAGCUUAUUGGCCAACGGCACGAGGCACUGCGAACUCGAUUCGUCGCUGGUGAUGAAGCCGGUCAGCCCAUGCAAGAAGUCCUCGUUGACUCGACUUUAGCCUUGGAAAGACAUGAUAUCGCUAGCGAUGCUGAGGCAGAGAAGGUCUAUCGCGAGCUACAACAGCACAGAUAUAAGUUGGCAGAGGGUGAGAAUAUGAGAAUCAUUCUUCUCAGGAAAUCGUCCAAGUCAUUCUGUCUCAUUAUCGGAUACCAUCACAUCAACAUGGAUGGCAUUAGCUUGGAAGUAGUGCUUCGCGAGCUACAAAUGGCGUAUGACUCGAAGAGACUCCCGAGCGCUAGCAGUAUUCUCCAGUAUCCAACUUUCUCCGAGCAGCAGCACCGGGAAUUCAAGUCCGGAAAGUGGCGAGAUGAAAUAGCAUUCUGGAGGAACGAGUUUGCCGCUGGCCCGCCAUCUAUCCUCCCACUCCUGCCCCUAGCUAAGACCCGGUCACGCACUGCGCUCACAGCGUAUUCGAGCCACUUUUCGGAAUUCCGCCUCGAUCAGGAGGUACUCACUCGCAUCCAGUCCGCAUGUGAGGGAUCAAGGGUCACGCCAUUACAGUUCCACCUCACUGUCUUCUACACCCUACUGUCCCGACUGGUGGAUGUAGAGGAUAUCUGCAUCGGCAUCGCCUCUGCCAACCGGCAAGAUGCAGCGAUGAUGCAGAGUGUCGGCAUGUACUUGAACCUCCUACCCCUCCUUAUCAAGUCCCAGCCCAACGAGACUUUUGCCAGCACUCUGAAGCGCGUGCGCAGCAAGGCCAUGGCCGCGUUCGCCCACUCCAAAGUCCCGUUCGAUGUCAUCGUGAACGAGCUAGGCCUCCCGCGCGCAACUACGCACAGCCCCCUAUUCCAGGUCUUCGUCAACUACCGACCGGGCACAACGGAGAGGAGAAACUUCUGCGACUGCAGCAGCGAGGUGACAUCGUUUGAGCAAGGAAAUGCCGCGUACGACCUCAGCCUGGAUAUCAUCGAGAACCCUGGAGGGGAGUGCCGCGUUAUCAUGGCCGGCCAGUCGGCACUCUUCGAGCAAGAGGAUUUGGACAUGUUGAGAGACAUGUACCAACGCCUGCUGGUCACGUUUUCUCGAAACCAGGCUCUACGAUUGACUACACCGUCACUCUACGACCCAGAAGGGGUGAAAGAAGCGCUGAGGAUUGGACGAGGACCCUCACACACGCACGUGUGGCGAGAGACCUUGGUUCAUCGUAUUGAUGAGAUGGUCGAGCGGUACGGCGGCAGCCAAGCUGUUGUAGACGGCUCCGGAAGCUCUCUAACCUACUCUCAACUGGCGAGAAGAGUAAAUUCUAUUGCCGCUUCGAUGCAGGGUAUGAAACGUGGAAGCCGGGUCGGUGUCUACCUUGACCCUGGCGCAGACUGGAUCUGCUCCCUCCUAGCCAUUCUACGCCACGACGCAGUAUAUGUGCCACUCGACUCUGUUUCUGGGACUUCCCGACUGUCCGCUAUCCUCCAGGAUAGCAAGCCAGACUUGCUGCUAGUGGAUGACUCCACGGAGGCGGAUGCAAAGACUCAUUUCUCCCCCCUGCUAUCUGGUAGCAGGGUUCUCAACAUUGACAAUGUUUCCACCACCGCCGCUGGCACCUUUGCCAACGCAGCUAAGCGGGAUUCAGUCGCCGCGCUCAUGUACACCAGUGGUUCUACAGGGGUCCCGAAAGGGAUCAUAAUGAAGCACGCGUCCUUCCGAAACAACAUCGAAAUCAUGUCAGAGAAGCUGGGCUACAGUGAAGGCCGAAGUGUUACCCUACAGCAGAGCUCAUACAGUUUCGACAUGUCACUUUGCCAAAUAUUCUUAGCGCUUUCAACUGGCGGGACACUCCGGGUUGUACCGAAAGAUCUCCGACUAGACCCCGCGGCCAUCUCUUCGAUCAUUGCAAAUGACGCUAUCACUAAUACGACAGCGACGCCUUCGGAGCUCAUCAACUGGAUCCGCUACGGCGACAUCGAAGACCUACGCAAGUCAAGCUGGACAACUGUCCAAAGCGGCGGUGAGCCAGUCAGGGACAGUCUGAAGGUUGCGUUCCAGAAAGUCAACAAGCCGGAAUUAGUCCUACUGGACUGCUAUGGUCCGACCGAGAUUACGUUCUGCUGUCAUAGCAGGAAGGUCGACUACCAAGCAGAAGAGACUAGCUCGGACACGGGACUGGAAGUGCUGCCCAACUACUCCACUUACAUUGUAGAUGGUAGCAUGAAGGCCGUUCCCGCCGGCAUGCCAGGUGAGGUACUUAUCGGAGGAGCUGGCGUUGUCGCCGGCUACCUGCACACUGAGCUGAACACUCGCGGUUUUGCACAUGAUAGCUUCGCCUCGCCCGAAUUCCAUAAGCAAGGCUGGACACAGCUACAUAGGACAGGUGACUUCGGACGUAUCAGCAAGGCCAAUGGGCGCCUAUUGCUUGAAGGACGCGUAACGGAUGAUACGCAGGUUAAGCUCAGGGGGCUUCGGAUCGAUCUACAGGAGGUUGAGUCUGCCAUAAUCCAAGCCGCCAAGGGAAGCAUCGUCGACUGUGCCGUCUGUGUUCGCCAGUCCGAGACGGCAUCAGAUGAGUACUUGGUCGCCUUUUCCACCGCUGUUCAAACUUCCAGCAAGGAGCAGCUUGACCAAAUCAUCCACCAACUUCCACUGCCGCAAUACAUGCGGCCGGCUGCCCUGGUGCUCUUGGAAAAGAUGCCCACUAACGUGUCCGGCAAGAUCGACCGAUCUGCUCUCAAGUCUAUUCCACUCCCCCAGACCGGUGAAUCUAAUGCACUGGAGCUUCAGCAUUCAGGCGAUGGGCAUCUGAGCGACACUGAGUCGCGUCUUAAGCAAAUAUGGGAGAACGUUCUAUCCAAGGAGAUCCUGUCCCAACACCAAAUCAGCGCCGCAUCCGAUUUCUUCCACGUAGGUGGUAGUUCCAUGCUGCUCAUUAGCCUGCGAGCAAACAUACAAGAUGCCUUUGACGUGUCCGUCUCGCUCUUCCAGCUCUUCGAUGCCAGCACCCUGGGGGGUAUGGCUGCUCUGAUCGAUAGUCUUUCCAAUAAUAGCGGUGUUGAAUCAGCGCAAGUAGAACCGGUCGGUACUCUUGACAUUAAUUGGGAAGACGAGACCGUCGUCUCCCCAAGUUUGCUAAACAUCCCAGUACACAAGGAGUUCUUCACCAACCCAGAAGUCAUCAUACUCACCGGCGCAACUGGCUUCCUCGGCCAAGCGAUGCUUACGCGCCUCUUGAACGAUGGCAUUGUCAACAAGAUCCACUGUCUUGCUGUUCGGCAUGAUAUUCCACUAUUCGAUUCUCCCAAGGUCGUUGUCCACCGCGGCGAUCUAGCGCUACCAGGAUUCGGCCUACCCGAGGAGGAACUCGCCGGUGUAUUUGCCGAAGCCCACGCCAUCAUCCACAACGGCACAGACGUAUCCUUCGUCAAGUCCUACCACAGCCUCAAGCCCGUCAACGUCGAGGCCACCAAGGAGCUCGUCCGCCUCAGUCUACCCCACCAGCUAUCGUUCCACUACAUCUCCACCGCCGCCGUCGCAAACCUGACCGGCGAAGACAGCUGGGAGCAGCGGUCCGUCGGCGGCUUCUCGCCUCCCGCCGGAACCGACGGGUACCUAGCGACGAAGUGGGCGUCGGAGCGCUACCUCGAGAAGGUCAACGACCAAUGCGAGCUGCCCAUCUGGAUCCACCGCCCGUCCUCCAUCACAGGCCCGCAGGCGCCCGCCAACGACCUCAUGGCGAACCUACUGCAGUUCUCGCGCAAGAUCGCGGCGGUCCCCGACACGGGCGCGUGGAGCGGCUGGCUCGACUUUAUCUCCGUCGAGAAGGCGGCCAUGCAGAUCGCCGACGAGGUGUACGAGGACUACUCGUGGCCCGGGCACGUCAAGUACCUGUACGAGUCCGGCGAGCAGGUCGUCGCGCUCGAGGACAUGAAGGGCGUGCUGGAGCGGGAGAUCGGGUCUGCUGUUGAGGUGGUAGAGAUGGAGGAGUGGAUUGCUAGGGCCGCGCAGCAGGGCCUGAAUCCCUUGCUCGCAGAGUAUCUGAAGCAUGCGGCGGGUGCGACGCUCGUCUUCCCUAGGCUCGUGAGACAUGAGAGCUUCUUCUAG